UAGUUAGAAGCAAGGCCUUUGAGAUUCUUCGUAUAGACAGUAGUGAAUUUGAACCCACCGACCUUGUCUUGUAUGCGUAAACUGUAUUCAGAAAAAUGAUAGAUAUUACUUUUAAUAAAAAAAAAAUUACUUUUAAUAUAGACUGAGUUGAAGUUACUUCAUUACUGCUUUACACAAAUUCAAUAGCUUUUGUUUAUUCUGUUGUUUCCCUACAACUUCCACGGAUCUAAUUUAUUCAGUUUUUACAAUUGAACGAAUGCAAAAUUGUUCUUUAUGAAUCCAUAUGAGACGGAUUUAUACAAAGUAACUCCCAUUCCCGGAAAAGGAAUGGGUAUGGUUGCGAAAAUUGACAUUCCUGCAGGUACAAGGAUAUAUUCAGAAACGCCUUUAAUAAGGACCAAAAGUGAUGCGAAAGAGAUUGAAGAAGCGCUUUCAUCAAGAACAAAAGAAGAAAAAGAUGCUUUUCAUAACUUGUUUAAUGCGCAUCCUAAAACAAUGGGCCCUUUUUUAGGACCCUUUUAUUCCAACGCUCUAACGAUUGAUGAAAGUAAAGGUGGAAUGUUUCUCUUAGGUUCAAGGAUGAAUCAUGAUUGCAGUCCAAAUGUAAAACAUACUUGGAAUCCAAAACUGGACCAAGUUACUGUUCACUCGGUUCGUGAUAUCCAUAGAGGCGAGGAAAUUUUGACUACUUAUAUUGAUUUACAUAAAAGUCGAAAUGAAAGGAGAAAAGUUUUGUUGGAACAUUUUGGGUUUCCCUGUAGCUGCAGUGCAUGCUCAGUUAAUAACAAAAAGGAAGCCAAGAUAAGCGACAUCCGAAGAAAGCAGCUAGCAUACUAUGACCGGACAAUGCCAAAAAUGUGUAUUAUGAACCCCAGAGGAGCGCUUCGUGCCUUGCGGCACAGGAUUUUACUUGCUCAUCAAGAACGCCUAUUUGGGCGAAUAGAUAUUAUUUCAUAUUUAGACGCUUUUCGAACAUGUGUAGUGCAUGGUGAUUUUGAGAGAGCUUCUAAUUUUGCAAAAAGAGGUCUUGAAGCUCUUGUGCUUUGUGAAGGUACUGACUCUACUCGUUAUGAGUCCAUUUUAAAUUAUCUUACACAUCCGGAGCAGCAUCCUUUGGCAGAAGGGGUACGCCCUAUAACAUUGGUCCCGCUGGACGAAUUCAAAGAUCCAGAAGACUCAUUAUGGGGUUGUGAAAUGGAAGAGGAUGUAUAUAGUGAUAGUGAUUAGAAGUUCGUUUGGUAUUGGUGUACUCUAAAUUUAUAAACAGUGGAAUGUUUUUGGAAAAAACAUGGGACUUGUGAAUUUCACAAGCAAUGCGAUUUUUUGUGGAAGUGAAUACAAUAUGUACAUCUUCAUACAAUAAUAGUAAUUCAUGGUCGGAUUCUACUGUUUCAUCAGGAAUGUUGAUACUCAUGCACUACAUAUGUAAAUUCUUUAUAUAAUGAUAAUCUUUUGAGAACCAUUGACUUUCAAUUUUUUU